CCAGCACAAUAACUAGGCCACCCACAAACACACCCGCACCCGCACACGGCCGCGGCGACAGAAACCCAACGCCAUCGUCAUCAUCACCGCCACCGCCACCGCCACCGCCACCGCCACAGCUUCUUCUAGAUAGCUCGUACUACUACCGUGCCGUCGUCAUUAGCCGUGGGAGCAGAGCCUGGACGAGUCCCGGAUCGGUCGGCACCGGGAGGCAUUCAGGCGUGGGAGCUAGAUACUAGGUAGAGCGCAGUGCGGCGGCAUGGGCGCCGGGAUUAGGAUCUUGGCGGUGGCGCUGCUGGCGCUCGCGGCUGCCGGCGGCGCGGCGGCGCAGCUCCGGCAGGGCUACUACUCCGCCAGCUGCCCCAACGUGGAGGCCAUCGUGCAGGCCGCGGUCGCCCUCAAGGUCCAGCAGACGCCCGUCGCCGUCGGCGCCACCGUCCGCCUCUUCUUCCACGACUGCUUCGUCCAGGGAUGCGACGCGUCGGUCAUCAUCGUGUCGACGGCGAACAACACGGCGGAGAAGGACCACGUGAGCAACCUCUCCCUCGCCGGCGACGGCUUCGACACCGUCAUCAAGGCCAAGGCGGCCGUGGACACGCAGUGCCCGAGCCCCAACCUGGUCUCCUGCGCAGACAUCCUCACCAUGGCCACCCGGGACGUCAUCGGCCUGGCCGGCGGCCCGGCGUACCCCGUGGAGCUGGGGAGGCUGGACGGGCUGGUGUCGACGGCGAGCAACGUCGACGGGAACCUGCCGCCGCCGUCGUUCAACCUGGACCAGCUGACGGCGAUGUUCGCCGCCAACAACCUGUCCCAGGCCGACAUGAUUGCGCUCUCCGCGGCGCACACGGUGGGGUUCGCGCACUGCGGGACGUUCACGGGCCGGAUCCAGACGGCGGCGGCGGACCCGACGAUGGACCCGGGGUACGCGUCGCAGCUGCUGGCGGCGUGCCCGGCCGGGGUGGACCCCAACGUGGCGCUGGAGAUCGACCCGGUGACGCCGCACGCCUUCGACAACCAGUACUUCAUCAACCUGCAGAAGGGGAUGGGCCUGCUCACCUCCGACCAGGUCCUCUACGCCGACGCCCGCUCGCGCCCCACCGUCGACGCCUGGGCGGCCAACAGCUCCGACUUCGAGGCCGCCUUCGUCGCCGCCAUGACCAGCCUCGGCCGCGUCGGCGUCAAGACGGACCCCGCGCUCGGCAACAUCCGCCGCGACUGCGCCGUGCUCAACAGCUGAAGCUGAUUUGUGUUGGCUGAAGCGGGAGAACAAGAUGCAGUGCAGGCUCGAUCGAUGCUUGGGGAUAUGAUAUGGAUAUAUCCUGUCGUCAACUGUUCAUAUUUAGCUUGGCCGCUCGAUGGGGUGGUGCUGAGAUUAUAAUACAGGUAGCUUUCGAGACACAGGUCUAGUUCUAAUCCAUCAGAAGGUUAAUGGUUGAGGAGUCUGUUCGAGUUGAGCAUCAUUUGUUGUUUUGAUCUGCCAUUGUUGCGUGUCGUUCGAUUACUUAGAGCCGAAUGUAUUAAUUGUGUGUUUAAUAUGGAAGCGAGAUUCAUUUGAAUGUUUGCUUCGAAUA